UGCUGAUUUUUUUCUUUUUCUUUUGGGAAGACAGAAGGAUGGUCGGGAAAAGACGCUAGGAAUGAAUCUUCAUGCCUUAAUCGGAUACUUCCGUAGCCUCACCAAACGUUCUCGUGUUAACGGAGCGACCAAACACACGGACUAACCAGGACUAAAGUGAAUUAAAACACAACUGUUUCCGACAGCGACGCUUUUAUAAAGAGCAAGAGAAAUCACAUCUGUGCUGAGGGUUUCCAUCAUGAGUGUCCUGCCUCCUGUGCGCAACGACCGCAUCAUUAGCCAGCUUCCUAAGUGUUUCAGUAAAGGGGCUGCAUUACACACAGAAAAUGGAUUUAAUACCAAAGUGAAGACUGCUUGUCAGGAGCAGAGAACUGGCACAGUGGGGUUUAAAAUCUCCAAAGUUAUUGUAGUGGGAGACUUGGCUGUAGGAAAGACAUGUCUGAUUAAUCGAUUUUGCAAAGAUGUCUUUGACAAGAAUUACAAAGCUACCAUUGGUGUAGACUUUGAGAUGGAGAGGUUCGAGGUGCUUGGAGUUCCGUUCAGUCUCCAGCUGUGGGACACUGCAGGGCAGGAAAGGUUCAAAUGCAUCGCUUCCACCUACUACAGAGGGGCUCAGGCUGUAAUAAUUGUUUUUGAUUUGACUGAUGUGGCCUCGCUACAACAUACCAGGCAAUGGCUGGAGGAUGCUAUGAAAGAGAAUGACCCCACCAGUGUGUUACUCUUCUUGGUAGGCACAAAGAAAGAUCUGUCUUCCUCGGCACAGUAUUCGCUUAUUGAACAGGACGCCAUUAAAGUGGCCCAGGAGAUGAAGGCGGAGUACUGGGCUGUGUCUGCUUUGUCUGGGGAAAACGUGAGGGAGUUUUUCUUCCGUGUGGCAUCACUAACGUUUGAGGCCAGUGUGUUGGCAGAGCUGGAGAAAAGCAGCUCCAGGUCCAUUGGGGAUGUUGUCAAAAUCAGCAACACCACGAGUAACUUGUAUGCAACCUCUAAAAAGAAACAGCCGAGCUGCUGUCAGUAACGGGACUGAAAACCUGAGGAAUUUGCACUGAAUUAAAUGAUGGUACCAAAGCAGACAUUAUAGGUACAGGUGAACAAGGGAGACUCUAAAGUGUUAAAAAAGUUUAUUGAGGUUAUGUGGUUGGGACAGGAUGGAGUUAUUAUUCCUAGGUAGUAUUUUUUUUUCUCUUUUUCAUUUUUGUGCUUUUUUUUCUAUGCAAAAGAAUUCAUUUCUUUGUUCGAUGUUUCUGAAUGAUUAUCAUUAUGGCAUCGAUAUAAGCCUCAGUUAAUUUAUGAAUUCUUUAGUUUACAUGAAACAGUUUAAGAUCAUGCUGUAUUGCACAAUUAAGAAACUUAAUGUAUUUUUAAUAUUGAACAUAGUUGCAAUUAAAAAAAAAAAAGAUAGUAUUAACUACACUAACGGAAACCUUUAUACACGUUUAUACAGGAGAUUUGUACUGGUUUACACAGUAAUGUGCUGAACAAUAUCUAGGCUGUGUUUUUUUGUGCUAGCAUUAGACAAGCUCUUGUUUUUAUCUGUUAUACAUGUUCUUGUUUGAAUAUUGUGUACUAUGUUUUCAGAUUAGUUUUAAUUAAAAUCUGCUAAAGUA